GCGCAGCUCUCCUUGCCGGCUCGCGAGAACGAGUAGGGGAGGGGACAGAGCCGGCGCCCGAGGGCCGGAGGAGUCCGCUUUCCGCAGCGGGCAGCCGGGCUCCUAGCUGCGGCAGCGGCGGCCGGCGGCGGUGGCCGGGAGGUGGCAGCCCGCGCUGGGUGGCGGAGAGCUGCGGGGCGGGGGCUGCGGCCGGUGGCCCGCGAGAGAGCUUGCAGACAGCAUGGCAGGGUUGCGGGCCAGGCGGGGCUCCGGGCUCCGGCUGCUGGCGCUGUCCACGCUCGGCUUCUGCCUGAUGCUGCAAGUCAGUGCCAAGAGGCCCCCUAAGACGCCCCCCUGCCCGCCCAGCUGCUCCUGCACCAGGGACACCGCCUUCUGCGUCGACUCUAAGGCGGUGCCCAGGAGCCUGCCCUCCGAGGUCAUCUCUCUGACGCUGGUGAAUGCCGCCUUCUCAGAGAUCCAGGAUGGAGCAUUUUCCCACCUGCCCCUGCUGCAGUUCCUGUUACUCAACUCCAACAAGUUUACUCUGAUUGGAGACAACGCCUUCACAGGACUGUCACACCUGCAGUACCUCUUCAUUGAGAACAACGACAUCUGGGCACUAUCCAAGUUUACCUUCAGAGGACUCAAGUCUUUGACACACCUAUCGCUGGCCAACAAUAACUUGCAGACACUGCCUCGAGACAUCUUCCGGCCCUUGGAUAUCCUUAGUGACUUGGACCUGCGGGGCAACUCGCUCAACUGCGACUGCAAGGUCAAGUGGCUUGUGGAGUGGCUGGCGCACACCAACACCACUGUGGCUCCCAUCUACUGUGCCAGCCCGCCCCGCUUCCAGGAGCACAAGGUGCAGGACUUGCCACUGAGAGAGUUCGACUGCAUCACCACUGAUUUCGUGCUGUACCAGACCCUGUCCUUCCCAGCAGUGUCAGCCGAGCCCUUCCUUUACUCCAGCGACCUCUACUUGGCUCUGGCCCAGCCAGGUGUCAGCGCUUGCACUGUCCUCAAGUGGGACUAUGUGGAACGGCAGCUUCGAGAUUAUGAUAGAAUACCAGCCCCCUCUGCCGUGCACUGCAAGCCAAUGGUGGUGGACAGCCAGCUGUACAUGGUUGUGGCCCAGCUGUUUGGGGGCUCUUAUAUUUACCACUGGGACCCCAACACCACACGCUUCACCAAGCUGCAGGACAUCGACCCACAGCGCGUGCGCAAGCCCAACGACCUCGAGGCUUUCCGCAUUGAUGGCGACUGGUACUUUGCCGUGGCCGACAGCUCCAAGGCGGGCGCCACCAGCCUCUACCGCUGGCACCAGAACGGCUUCUACUCCCACCAGGCCCUGCACGCCUGGCACCGUGACACUGACCUGGAGUUCGUGGAUGGCGAGGGCAAGCCACGGUUGAUUGUAUCUAGCAGCUCCCAGGCGCCUGUCAUCUACCAGUGGAGUCGCACCCAGAAGCAGUUUGUGGCCCAGGGCGAGGUGACCCAGGUGCCCGACGCCCAGGCCGUGAAACACUUCCGUGCCGGUCGCGACAGCUAUCUGUGUCUCAGCCGCUAUAUCGGCGACUCCAAGAUCCUGCGCUGGGAGGGCACCCGCUUCUCUGAAGUGCAGGCCCUGCCUUCCAGGGGCUCCCUGGCCAUGCAGCCCUUCCUUGUGGGCGGUCGCCGCUACCUGGCACUGGGGAGUGACUUCUCCUUCACGCAGAUCUACCAGUGGGAUGAGGGGCGCCAGAAGUUCGUGCGGUUCCAGGAGCUGGCUGUGCAGGCCCCUCGGGCCUUCUGCUACAUGCCUGCUGGCGACGCCCAGCUGCUCCUGGCCCCCAGUUUCAAGGGACAGACGCUCGUGUACCGACACAUCGUGGUGGAUCUCAGUGCCUAGAGGGUGCCCGGCCUCUGGGGUCCGGGUGGCUGAGGGAGGCUGAAGGGAAGUCUCUCUGUGAGCAGCACGUGUGCCUGCACAUGUGAAGACACGUGUAACCAACCUGUGUACACGGCCUCAUGGACACACACCCCCGCGCC